GCUGUGGGCGCCUGCUACAGCUCUGCCAUGUGUGCAGGAGAUGCGUGCGAGCUGAAGGAAUACGGUUCUCCGGUGUUCUUUUUCCGCGAUUACCUUGGGAGAAUGGAAUUGUGUAAUGAUUUAAUGUUUUGCGUCCGGGUUUUCCUUCGUUGUGCUGCCUGCUCACAAAAUUGAUACUGAAAAUCUACAGCGCAAGAUGUCUGGUAAACGCAAAGCAGAUAUAUCGGCACGGAUUCAUUCCGGGAAGAAAGUCUGUCGCCAGCAUGUGUCAUCUUUUAACAGUGCAGGAGGGGCCAAAGAGAGAGACGUCCAAAGAAAGGGUUCUCAGGUGCAUGUUACCACCAGGACGUCUGCUGAUUUUGGUGCACAGUCAUCAGCCAGUGGGCAGCCAAGUGAAGAGGUUUGCCCACUAUUUCCAGAUAUAAGUCUUACCAAGUCAAGACAUGCUGGGGAUGGUUACUUCCUUCGGUCCUUGAAGCCACCAGUCGAUGAGCUUGUUGAUGAUGAGACGGUUCUGAUCAAAGUUCAGGAGCACAGUAAUUUGCAUGAUCAAAUGCACGAGCUGUGCCGGAUGCUGCUGCUUACAGAUGAAGAAGUGGCUUCUCGAAGGGCAUACUGUUCAGCUUUGGAGGCCAUGCUCUUCGUUUACUUCCCCGGGUGUACAUUAAGGCUCUUUGGCUCCUCUGACAAUGGUUAUGGUUGCAAAGGAUGUGAUAUGGACCUGUACCUGGACUUUGGUAGAGAUGAUUUCUACUCGGAAGACGAAUGGAAAACAGCUGCAAAGACUUAUAUGAGGGCGCAGCUCCCAAGCGUACAAAAGGUUGCAAGCCACACAGGAGAGCGUGAAAAACUGGGACGACUCCAUCCAUGUCUGAAGCUACGAUUCCUAGUGAAAUUGUUUCGUUAUCACCUACGGCCAGUACUCAGCUCUUGCUGCUAUAUUCCUGCCCGGUGCCCCAUUGUCCGCUUCAUCGACAGGCGAGGGAACAGACAGUGUGACAUUAAUGCAACAAGCAGGGCCAGUUUGGUGAACACCAGUCUUCUGAAAACUUUCAAUCAGUGUGACUCUCGAGUGCGCCCUCUGCUCUUAGCGGCACGUACUUGGUUCCGUGCGCAUGGCCUCCUGGACAGCACAAAAUGCUUCAGCGCAUAUGCUGUGUCCCUCCUGGUGUGCUUCUACCUCCAGUCUGUUGAUCCUCCUGUUCUGCCAACCUUAGAACAAUUGGCAGAGCUGCAUUCUAGGGCUGGUGGCAAACCUGAAUUUGCAGAUGGGUACAGGUGUGACUUUGCACAGGACAGGAGUCUUUUGCCCUCUUCGGAUAACACUGCAGAUUUGGGAAAGCUGCUUGAAGGCUUUUUUGAGUUCCUGUUUGGUUUCAACUACAGAGAUGAUGCAAUGAUUGUACAGAGUGCCACUAUCAUGCCCAGAUCCACCCUCUAUGCAAUGCUGGAUGGUACGAAUAGUUUUUUCUUCGAGAAGAGCCCUGUGGCAAUGCAAGACCCUUUCAUCCUUCACAAUAACGUGACAAGACUAGUGAAACCACAGGCGGUUGACGUCCUGAUACAGAAAGCAGAAGCAGCACUCCAAGCCUGUCGUGACGGGAAGGACUUGGUGUGGCUCCUCUCUCAGCAACCAGUUCCACAAAUACGUAAGACAGAUAUUUCCACCAAGGAAGUGGACGAGUAUGCACUCAUCUUAUCCUCCAGUAAUUCUGGCCGGUUCAAAUAUGACAGUGAAGAAUGGCUCAAUGAGGUGUGUUAAUUGGUUGUGUAGUACUCAUUUUGAAAUGUGGAA